AUGACAAUACGCAUUUGGGUAUGGCUUCGCGGCGAAUUCCUUCUGGAUUCCUUUCUACCACUAGAUUUUUCACCUGGAAAGGGGACGACCUCUCGAAGUCGUACCGAAGACGAAUCUGCAGAACCUUCCAUUGCUAUUAAUCAAGCACAUGCUCUAGUUGACAUGUGUAUAAUGAGGAAGUGGGAUCAGCUAAGUGUAAGGCAAUGGUCGUCCGUCAUGAACGAGCUUGGGCUUAACGAUGCUCUUGGUGAAGCCAUAUUCAGGAGUGCAUCUAAAUCACAAGUAUUAGCUAUAUUCGGAAUAGAAUUUGUUCCAUGUUCACAAACAGAUAGUGGCACGGUUUCUCACACUGAUGGAUCACCAGCCAAGGUUCACGAGGCUAUGUGGUGUGACCAGAUGAGGAGGAUGGAGUUUUUUAACUCGAUGGAUACUCUUUUCGAGGGAAUGAUGGAAGAUGACGAAUCCAUUGUUAAUAAAGACAAAAUCGUCAGCGUUUCGAAAAUCAUACAAAAGCUAUGGUUAAGAAACGGUGAGGUCCUCUUAAGAACGUUAGCCGAUAAUAUGCGUAGAUGUUUGGUGCAAGAUCCAUUUGUAAUAGAUGACUUGACAUUGGAUGUGCCUCUGUCUCAUCUCCGAAAACUAACAACAUUGGCUGAUAAUCGUCGAAAAGUCACUGUUUCUGGAUGGGGUCGGUUGCAACUUCUUUCCAAGAAUUAUCUUCAAAUGACACAUUUUUUCAUGCCGUCUACAAAGAUGUUCAUCUUCGGAUCUCGUCCAACCAAUCAUCGUCGAUCCUUAUCGCUCCGUGGAGACAGUUGUAUCUUUGGAAUUGUUCCUCCGUUACCGUAUUUUUGCACACAUUUCGGCCACCGGUAUUACGUGGAUGCAGCCGCGUUCAAUUUUCCGUCUUCAAUGUUUCUUACGAGGUCAGCUGGUAUAGAAGAAGAAAUUGAAGCGGUAGGUCUCAAAUCGGCUCGAUACAACUUGAUUACUCAUGUGCUUAAUCUGGACGAAUCCGAAACUUCAAUACUGCCUCCAUCUAACUUCUAUAUCCAACCGGUUCCUAUGGUUAAUAACGAGAAGGAUGUUGAGGAUCUUCUCGUUAAGCUUCCGCCAGUAUACCGUCGAAAUUGGGCGAAGUUAUCGAAGGCGUUGGAAUCAUCAAAAUCCCAUCCUGAUGACAACUCUAGCUUGCCAUUAAAGAAAAGCGAUUUAAUCUACCUAAAAAGAAAAGUUGUUAACGAAGAAUCUAAAGUUGACAAUGAGUAA